AUGGCAUCCACUUCACAGCAGUCUCAGGAACAAGACCUAGUUGAUGACUCCAAAAAAGUUAAAGUUACCAUUUUGGCUUCAGAAUGGGGGUCAAGCAAUGGAGGAAUUGGCACGUUAAGCAAAGAGUUGGCCGUACAGCUUGCCAAAUUUCCUGAGUCGGAAAUUACUACCUUUUUAGUAAGAUGCAGUGAAGAGGAUGAGAAGGAAGCCCUCAGGAACAACGUUAAAAUUGUUAAGGCGACAAGGUGUCCUGGCUUUGAUGAAUCAGUAUGGCUUAACUACCCUCCAGAACAUUUGGAGAUGGAUGUUGUCGUUGGUUAUGGUGUGGAACUCGGCCGCCAUGCACAAAUCAUUAAAAAGUCCAAAAAUUGCAAGUGGGUUCAAGUGGUACACACCGAUCCCGAGGAAACAGAAAUGUUCAAGUCCUACUGCAACCAAACGGUGGAAGGUAAAGGAAAUCACAACGUCGAAGUGGAACUAUGCGAAAUGGCGGAUUUGGUUGUGGGGGUUGGACCCAAGUUGUGCGAGGCUUUUAGGUCAUAUCUCCGCAGCUGUCAGAAAGAUCACAAUGUCGUCGAAUUCACCCCAGGCGUUUUUCAUGAAUUUGCAACUGUAAAACAAAGUCCGAAUGAGAGGAAACAUUGCAAAGUCUUGGUGUUUGGUUGUGGAGAUGAAGACGACUUUUCUUUGAAAGGUUGUGACAUCGCAGGAAAAGCUGUCGCUUUACUGCCAGAGACUCGUCAGGUGUUUGCUGGGGUGCCAGAUGUUAUGCGCAACAAAAUUGCACAAAAGUUGAAAGGAUGUGGUGUCUCUGCCAGAUUCGUAAAUGUAAGAGGCUGUGUCCAAAACCGGGGAGAUUUGAAACGCUUGUUUCUGGAGGUCGACAUUUUGCUUUUGCCUUCAAGAGCUGAGGGCUUUGGGUUGACAGGUCUUGAGGCCCUGUCAGCUGGUCUGCCUUUGCUGGUCAGCAAGAACUCUGGUUUCGGAGAAGCCCUGAGUGAGGUACCAUUUGGAUCGUCAUUUGUGGUUGACUCUGAGGAUCCCCAGGUUUGGGCUGCAGCCAUUGAAAAUCUAUGGAAAAAGGACAGACAAGUUCGUCUUCAGGAGGCUAAAGUGUUGCGAAUGCGCUACAAGGAGAAACACAGCUGGACAGAACAAACCAGAAAUCUUCUGGAUAAGAUGAUCAGCAUGGCUCACGGUAUCAAUUUUAAAUUACUUUUAUGAAAAUUGUCUUGGAGAAGGGCCGCAAAUAAAAAGGAAACUUCAAUGAUAUUCGAAUCCACACCCCCACAGUGUUCUCUCUGGGAUUUUAGGAAGGCCAGGGGUAUUAACCCGUGCAAAGCCCCGAGACGGUCUGGGUAGGGAUGCUAGGGGGUAUUCUGAUUGUGAUAUUCAACAGUGUUUGUAUGAAACCUGCUCUCUAGCCUGAGUAAAAAUUAAUAAAGACUUUGAAACUUACUCGUGCUGGAUCAAAACCUGAUUUUUGCUGUAUGGAAUAACCGAUAUGAGGAGAUUUCCACCACUUUUUCUCGUUUUUUUUUUUACCACUAAAUUUUCUUUGACAAGCUUUUUGUUGUCGUUCCGUGCAUCUUUGCAUGGUUGACCGAGUUCUCGAUUUCUUUAAAACAACACCUUAAAAUUAAGAAUAUCUGAAACAACAUAUGCAGUUAUAAGGGUUUCGAGAUUUUUUCACAAAUCUACUAGUCAAACCAGUAUUUAAGUAGAACUUUUCGUUUAAGACACAAUGUCCGCACAGGGGGGUAAUCAUUGCAGUAAACUUUUGCGCACAUGCACAUGUACACUAUUUGGUAAAUGUCAACGAUAUACAACCAUAACAUUCCAAUCUGGUGAUUUUUGUUUUUAAUCACGUUGCCUUUUCAGAGAACAUAACAUUCUUUUUUUCUUUCACAUUAGAUACAACGGAUAGUGCUACCUAUGUGCAGAAACCAGCUGUUGACAAGAAGUGUAGGGCGCACAGUCUGGAAGACUCCCGGAGUUUUGUAGAGGGAACUUUGAGAUCUCUGAACUCACAUCAAGGCAAAGUGCAGCACCAGUUGACACAAAUGGAAGCUGAAAAAAAAAGUUCUGCUACCCCUUGCAUUACUUAUGGUAAUAAAAACAUUAAUCUAUUGACUGUUUUAUAUUGAAGUAUCGAUUGGACUUCAACACGAACAAAGUCGCAGAACAGAUCCAGACAAACGCAGUGUUUAAUGUGUAGAAUUAAACAAUCGACUAUGUCUUUAAUUCCUACUGGAUAUUUUAAAUCUGCCACGCCCAGGCCUAGACACAAAUAGCCAGAUAUUUUUUGGAUAUUUAAAGGAUUUUUAGAGAGUCUCAUAAUAUUUAGAAAAAAUGUAACACUUAGAAUUUUGUUAAGGAAACAUUUUAGACUUUCUCUCAGCUAAUUCUUUCAUGGAUACGAACAGUGAAGGCCUUCAAGGGGAUCUGUCGGGAAUUUUUGCCAUAAGUUUGUUUAAAUGACCAAAAAAUACUUUUCCAUAUACACAGAAGAAAACGGGUUUUUUUAGAAAACAUGUCCGAGACAACGUCAAAACUUGAAAUCAUGUUCCCACAAAUUUUUCGCUUUUUAUGGUUUUUAGCACAUGAAUUGUUUAAUUGUAUACAUAAAUUUAUUUUCUACUGAGCUGUAACACUCCUUUAUGUUGCCAUGUUUCGUAAAUCCUCGCGUUAUUACGUCUUUUAUUUCUCUUUUCAGGAUCGGCGUCUUGCAUUAUGCGUUAUUUGCAGGGGUCUUUUUUUCAACCAUGUUUUUUCUCAGGCAAAUUGAGAAAGAAAGCUACUUCAGUGCUAAUUAGGGCGUGGGCAGUACAGUGACAGCCCCCCAUAUUGGCCGGCAGUAAUCAGAUUAAGCAGCAUUCUCCAUUUAUUAUAAUAUAUGCCAUUUGGCUUAUGUUAGCUUUAGCCUGUUCAACAAAAUGGCGGAUGAUAAAAGGGCUCAUGCAGUGAUUACAGUUCCAGAUAACGGACCUGGGGCUCGUUUCUCGAAAGUCGUGGUAACUUUUCGGGCCCGAAAUCAAAUUUUCAAAUCGAAAUAUAAAGAAUAAAAGCGACGGUCCUGGCUAGCCUUUUGUUUCAUUAACUGAUAGUUUUAUCAUGUUAGAUGCAAAACUAUUGAAACCUCAAUCUUUAAUGUUAACGGAGACAGCUUACCGGGCACGUUAAUUAUCGGGACUUUCGAGAAACGGGCCCCUGAACCUCAAUCUGAGUCGCGCUGUCACGCCAUUUUAAAAGACAGGCUACCUUUUGAGUUUAAUACUAAUGUUUAUGAAAACAAAGCAGAUAUACAGGGGAGAUUUUGAAUGUUUUCGAGUUAUUGAGAGAAAAAUUAGAAAUUAAAAAAACAUUGGGAAUUUACGGAAACAUAUUCAGGCAAUUUGUUCGGGAUAUUUGUGUCUAGGUCUAGCCACGUCCUUUUUCAUUACAUUUACCACCAUUUCCUGUUGUACUGCUGUGUUUAGGUAUGAAAAAGCUUAAACAAAACUAAACAGGAGAAAAGGUUCCUCUUUAACUAUUUGCGGGCAGAGAUGGAAAAAUGAUGUGUAUGAAAUUAAGUAUAGUGUGUGUGAGUGUAUCACCAGCUAAUCAAUUCUUUUUUAAUGCAGAGAUUGCAAACUGUGAAAGAGACAUCAAGUUUUUUGCCGAACGCCAGGAUAAAGAUACUAGGCAGUGGCUGUUUCAGGAUUUUGAGGACUGGUUCAGUAAUCCGCGAGAAAACUCCAAAGCCUAUGUUCUUCUUGGUGAUGCAGGAGUCGGCAAAAGUGUUAUGGCAGGAGCUCUAGCAAAGCGUACGAGGGAAGCGGGGAAUUUAGGGGCAGCUUAUUUUUGCCGUCAUAAUGACCGUACUAGAAAUGAUCCCAGAAAUCUUCUUGGGACCAUAGCUUUUCAACUCUGUGAUUGCAUCAGUGAGUACAAUCAUAUAAUGGGGGGGAAGGAUGGGGUAAGAAUAAUGUUAGCUAAUUCUAAUUUAGGGGUUCUGGAACUAUGUACGAAAUUAUUAGAAGAGCCACUAGGUAAGUGCCGCCAAAUUUUACAGCGUAAAUUAGUAAUCAUUGAUGCUCUGGACGAGACCAAUUAUAAGUCCAGGGAUGAUUUUCUUCGUCUUAUAACAGAGCGUUUCCCCCGGCUGCCCCAAGGGCUUUAUUUUUUUAUCACCAGUCGCCCUGAAGACACGGUGCAAAGCGGAUUGGAGGGGUACAACCCUUGUGUUAGAAUUUUUACAGGGAACAGUGGGCAGAACAGCUUCUAUCAGCUGCAUGAACAGGAUAUUCAGCGGUUUUUAGAAAAGCGAGUAGACUUCUCUAAUCAUCCAUUCUCGGCGGAAGAUGCUCAGAAGAUGUGUAAUGGGCUGUUCCUAUAUGCGCACUACAUUUCGCAAUUACUUAACGAUCCAGUCUUCACACUUAGAGCGGUUUCCUUCGUGCGACCUUGGAAAGUUUUUUAG